AUGGCUGUGGUUUCCAAGGUUGUCUCAAGACUUCAACUUACGUUCAUGAAGCUGUACGAUUGGCUGAUCGUCUCAUCGACAAUCACUGCUCUCGUUCAGACCACUUGCGUUAUUGCAGCAUGUAAGAAUGGCCUCGGACAGCACCGAGAUGCAAUCUCUCCGGACAGGUUUGCCAUUUUUUCAAAAUAUAUGUACGCAGCUCAAAUGCUAUUCAUUAUCGCCAACGCUCUGGCAAAAGCAUCCGUUAUCUUCUUCAUCAUGGCUAUAUCUCCACAGAGACAAAUUCAACAGUCAUCCUACACAUUGUUGGUCAUCAUCGCUGGCUGGACAAUCUCUGGAGUGUUUGCUCUGGCCUUCCAGUGCCCACUCCCUCAUCCUUGGAUGUUUGUGGAGGGAAAAUGCGUCAGCCGAGAGGCACUGUCCCUCUUCCUCGGGAUUGUGAACAUUUUGACGGAUAUUUCCCUGAUCGUCAUACCAUGGGUUAUGAUGUGGUGGGUGCAGACACACACGCGCAUAAAGUAUCAAGUCAUGGCUUUGUUUGGAUCUAGAAUCAUAGUUCCAAUUUUCGUUGUCUUUCAAUUACUGACGUAUCGCGAUUUCUAUGAAUCCGACGACAGGAGUUGGGCAAUGACUGCUCCGGCGAUCUGGAGCCAAUUAGUUAUGAACCUCUCUAUCCUCACCGCAUGCAUACCAAGUUUGAAAACCGUGCUUGACAUGUUCAAAUCCGGGACUUCAUUGUUCACGGUACCAGCGCAAUAUCAGUCAGAAAUGGACAACAGUUCCCAGGGACUGAGAUCAAGGCUAGCGACCGCCAUUUCUCACAGAUUCGCAUCGAAGAGGAGCGCCAAUAGGAGCCAGAACGACACAACUCAUUCAUCCAGAGACUGGCCCACCAAACCGAUGAAAGCUGUCAGUGGCCAACAUUCCGUACAGGUGUCAAGUGCUGUUAGAAAUCAGUCCAACGUGAAGGAUAUUCCUGAACGCAGUGAGAGCCAGAGAAGUCUGACCGAGAACACGAUCAUGAGAACGGUAGCAUAUGAGGUCGAGUACGAGGAUAUGAUCGCAACACCACAUGUCGGCGAGUUAGACGAUCAAUCUCGGGUUUCGAUGAGCAGCGAAGAACAACACUCUCGUGCUAAGGCGAAGUGA